AAAGUGGAAGCAAAGAGCCUGCAGGCAGAGCCAUUCGAACUGCAUCUCAGAAGGUAGACGCGAGACUUUAGUCUGGUGGAUUCUGCCACUUUGUUUCCAGCUCAGAAGACACGGCUCUGCCAACCAGAUCCCAGACCCAUGUCAGUGACUGAAGAUGAUACUCUUUACUACCCCUCACUACCUCCACUGCUACCACCUGGUCACUAACAUCACUCACCUGGACACUGCAACGGCCCCCUAAGUGAUCUCCCUACCUGCCUGGACCAGUUGCCCACACCAGUCUGUUGACGUUAACAGCCAAGGAAUCAUGGGAACACUUAAGCCUGCCUAUGGCUUCCCACGUCACAUCAAGUAGAAGGCCCUGUGUGAUCCCACCCCGUUUUCUCUGCAGCCUACAGAGGGAGUCUAUUCUACACCAUCCAGAAGGAGCAGACCAGACUAAAGAUGAAGCUGCAGCAGCUGCUGAAGCUGAAGGAGGAGCUCCGGAACAGCCCCCAAAACAAGGUCCCAUUCCCAAAGCCUGAAGUCUCCCUGGUGUUCCGAAGACACACUCAGCAGGGCAGGGAGAUGCCCACGUCUCUGAUUUCCAACCUGAAGAUCUGCUACCCUCUGCCUGGGGGCUCAGCUCUGGUCACCUUCGAUGACCCCAGUGUGGCCGAACAGGUGCUACAGCUAAAGGAGCAUAAGAUCGACCUGGAACAGUGCCGGCUGCGGGUGCAGGUCCAGCCCUUGGAGCUGCCCAUGGUGACAGCCAUCCAGGUGUCCAGCCAGAUGAGUAGCCAGAGGGUGCUGGUCAGCGGGUUUCCUCCUGGGCUCAAGCUGAGCGAGGAGGAGCUGCUUGACAAGCUGGAGAUCUUCUUCGGCAAGACCAAGAAUGGGGGUGGAGACGUGGAAACUCGGGAACUGCUGCAUGGUGGGGUCGUCGUGCUGGGGUUUGCUAAGGAUGAAGUGGCCCAGAACCUGUGCCGGAUUGGCCAGUUCACAGUGCCACUGGCUGGGCAGCAGCUCCCUCUGAAAGUCUCUCCCUACAUUACUGGAGAGAUUCAGAAGGCAGAGGUCAGGUCCCAGCCAGUGCCCCAGUCAGUGCUGGUACUCAACAUUCCCGAUGUCCUGGAAGGCCCAGAGCUGCAUGACCUCCUGGAGAUCCACUUCCAGAAACCCACCCGUGGGGGAGGGGAGGUGGAGGCCCUGACAGUCGUGCCCCCGGGACAGCGAAGACUGGCGCUCUUCACUGCUGUGGAGUCAGGCUAGGAGCCUGCCCUCCUCAGACUGGGCUGGGGCAGGGGGGCACCAGUCAACAGUGGGCAGGGACUCCGGGUUGCGAAAUGCAGCCCCAGAACAGUAAAAGUCUCUGCAUGG